UUUUUUUUAAAAAAAAUAAAGUGAACGAACACCGGCGUCCCGGCGAGAACACGGAGAAGAGGAUUCAGCCUAGUCAAGGCGCUUUGCUCGAACGCCUUCACCCGAUAUUUUCCGCCGGCGAUCCAAAUCCUGUUCUAGUUUACAAUCCCAAACCCGCUCCAAUCCUGGAUCCUAACGGACCCUAAUCGGAAAGGGGACGGCUUGCGGUCCCGGGGUCGCCAACGAGCGGAGGCGGUAGCCAAGAGAGAGGAAAAGGGGAGCAGGGGAGCCAUGGCAAGCAACGGCGACGAGAUGGCGGAGGACCACCCGAUACAAGCCGCGGACGGGGCCGAGGGCGCGGAGGCCAGCGGCGGCGGGGGCCGGAACGCCGCGGCGGUGUCGGGGCUGCUCCGCGGGUUCCUCGCCGUUCAGCAGCGCCGCGCCGAGGCCUACUCCAAGCUCCGAAGGGGAUUUUCUGAAUAUAUGACAAAUGGAGGGGAAUUGGCUUAUCAACAACUCUGUGGGAAUAUUACAGCAGAGUUCAAUGAUUGCUCAAAACAAGUUCUUGAAAUUAUCUCCCUCCUCUCAAUGCCAAAAUUUUGUCGUAGUGAUCUUGCCGAUUUACUGAAGGGUGUUCAAGCACAUGAAAAAGAAAAGUUGCAUUUGACAGCAAAGAUUCAGGUGUUGAAGAAAGCUGGCCGCCCUUCGGAACGCCUGGUGAACCAUGAGCAUUGCAGGUCGCACAAUCUGGCUCAACAUGUGUGUGUGCACGUCAAGGAAAUAACAGAGGCUGCUGGCACUGAGGAUGCUGAGGCAGACGCGGAGUAUGACGGUGCCCUAAAGGAAGCCAUACAGGGCGUGCAAGAGGUAGUAACCAGCAUAAAUGAGCAUAUGGAGGAGGUGCGCUAUGAAAUUGAUGCGCUCGAGGCAGAAACAAUCGGUAGCAAGUGGACCGAAGUUGAACAUGUGUUCCCUGAUAUCGUAUCUAUAAAAUAGAAGAGAUGUGGGUGCAGAAGACUGAAGAGUGUCUGGCAGAAGUUGGCUGUGAAAUACUUUGGACACCAUUCAGCUCAGCACUCUUGAUUACAGAACCUGAAGAGAUAUCAGUUUCUUCUGUAGGUUAACUUAUGUUAUUCACGUUCCUUGUAAAAACAUUCCGUCUUUUGCUGUUUACUGGGGGUAUAUCCGUUUGCGAUCUUGAUAAGAGUGAUGCAGAGGAAGAAAAUGAACUUGAAAGUGUUUGGAUGGGUGAGUUGACAAACCAUUUGCAAGGACACCGCAGCUGGAGCCGGAGCUAUAGCAAGGGCUUGUCCCUUGUUUCUUUGGUUAUUGGGAAAAUAUUUUUUUGGUUGGAAUUGAUUGUCAUCAUUCAAGAGUC